AUGACUGGGCACUUGUCCGUGGACACUCGCGGCCACGCCAGCGGGUCAGAAUCGGAUGGAGGGCCUGAGGCACUGCAGAAGACGACUCCACCGACCGGGUUGGUCUUCCAACUCUGCUGCAUUGCAGCAAUUGAAGGUGCAGACAUGGGUUUGCUCCCUGCGGUGACCUAUGCCUUGCGGCGAGAUUUGCAUCUUCAUCUCACCGAGCUUUCCAUUUUGAGUUUGUCCCAGGCGGUGUGUGAAGCCUCAGCUGCGCCCCUUUGGGGCAUCUUGGCAGACCGUCGGGUGAUCCAGCGCAAGAGCUUGCUGAGCAUAGGAGCGACCAGUCAAGGGCUUUGCACAAUACUGUUGUCAAACACCGACAUUUUUGAAAGAAUGAUAAUUCUGAGAUGCAUCAACGGAGCGAUGUUGGCCAGUUUGAAGCCAUUGUGUGUGGGAAUAGUUGCUGACACGACCACUGAAUCCUCGCGCGGGAAGGUUUAUGGAUAUCUUCAGCUUUGUGUAACAUUGGGGAUGAUGGCAGCAGCAAGCAUAGCAACACCAAUGUCGACUACACUGGUGUUGGGUGUGCACGGUUGGCGCGCUGCCUUCGUUAUGUUUGGUGGCUUUGCAACCCUCACAGGUUGCUUGAUUCACACGUUCAUGCCAGAAGUGAGACGGGAGCCUUGCCAGAUGCCAGAAAGUGACAACCAUAGAUGCGCAGUUGGUGCUGAACUACGGAAGCUGUCCAGUUAUUGCGUGAAGCCGACCUUUUUGUGCUUGGUUGCGCAAGGCCUUUUUGGCUCAAUCCCAUGGAAUGCCUUGACCUACUCGACAUUCUACUUUCAAGUGAACGGUCUUUCUGACACAUCUGCCGCAGCUCUCACCACAAUCUUCCAGUUAUCCUGUGCUUUUGGGAAUUUGAUUGGAGGAUUCGUUGGGGAUGCGAUGGCAGGGCGAUGCAGAAAUCAUGGCCGUCCCUUUGCAGCCAACAUAUCCGUGUCUUCUGGAAUCCCAUGUGCCUUUCUCAUUUACACCGCAAAUCACCAAAGUUUCUGGUACUAUGCGACCCUUUUGGUGUUCAUGGGGCUUACUGCCACUUGGUGUGCUGUUGGGGUCAACUGGCCUAUUCUUUCGGAGAUCGUUGAUCCAGAAUCGAGGAGUGGAAUCAUGGCCUGGGAAAGCGCUAUGGAAGGAGCCAUUGCUGCAUGCUUGGGCAAUGCCGCCGUUGGUUUCUUGGCCCAGAAAGUCUUCAACUUUAACUUGGAGGAUGCACAGCAUUCAAGUCCGGUGACGGGAGAUCACAAUGCCGAAGCCCUGGGCAAGGCAUUGGCCCUGACGACCGUUCUUCCUUGGUCAGUUUGCUUUUUGUGCUACACCUUCUUGCACUGGGCCUUUCCACAUGAUCGCCGGAUUAUGGACCAGAAGGCAGCCACCCGGGUUGUCCAUGCAAACAGCCCCACUGCUUUAAAGCUAGGCGUGGAAGCGGAGGACGACGAGCCGUUUGAUUCACCUUAA